UCCGGGCGCUAUAAGAGGGCGGCGGCCGCGGGGCACCCUGCGCGGGGCCGAGAGCGCGAUGGUCAGCCGCCGAGGCGCGGCAAGAUGCUGGAUGGGCCCCUGCUGGCGCGCUGGCUGGCCGCGGCCUUCGCGCUGACGCUGCUGCUCGCCGCGCUGCGCCCCUCGGCCGCCUACUUCGGGCUGACAGGCAGUGAGCCCCUGACCAUUCUCCCACUGACCCUGGAGCCUGAGGCCGCCGCCCAGGCACACUACAAGGCGUGUGACCGGCUGAAGCUGGAGCGCAAGCAGAGACGCAUGUGCCGCAGAGACCCAGGCGUGGCUGAGACGCUGGUGGAGGCGGUCAGCAUGAGCGCGCUGGAGUGCCAGUACCAGUUCCGGUUCGAGCGCUGGAACUGCACAUUGGAGGGCCGCUACCGGGCCAGCCUGCUCAAGCGGGGCUUCAAGGAGACCGCCUUCCUCUAUGCCAUCUCCUCGGCGGGCCUGACACACGCCCUGGCGAAGGCGUGCAGCGCCGGCCGCAUGGAGCGCUGCACCUGUGACGAGGCCCCAGACCUGGAGAACCGUGAGGCCUGGCAGUGGGGGGGCUGUGGGGACAACCUCAAGUACAGCAGCAAGUUCGUCAAGGAGUUCCUGGGCCGGCGGUCGAGCAAAGAUCUGAGAGCCCGCGUGGACUUCCACAACAACCUCGUGGGUGUGAAGGUAAUCAAGGCUGGGGUGGAGACCACAUGCAAGUGCCACGGAGUAUCGGGCUCCUGCACCGUGCGGACAUGCUGGCGGCAGCUGGCGCCCUUCCACGAGGUGGGCAAACGCCUAAAACACAAGUACGAGACGGCACUCAAGGUGGGCAGCACCACCAAUGAAGCCACCGGUGAAGCCGGUGCCAUCUCUCCGCCUCGGGGCCGGGCGGCAGGGACAGGCGGCAGCGACCCGCUGCCCCGCACGCCGGAGCUCGUGCACCUGGAUGACUCGCCCAGCUUCUGCCUGGCCAGCCGCUUCUCUCCGGGGACCGCAGGUCGCAGGUGCCACAGGGAGAAGAACUGUGAGAGCAUCUGCUGUGGGCGUGGCCACAAUACACAGAGUCGGGUGGUGACACGGCCCUGCCAGUGCCAGGUUCGCUGGUGCUGCUACGUGGAGUGUAGGCAGUGCACACAGCGUGAGGAGGUCUACACCUGCAAGGGCUGAGCUCCCGGUCCGGCCCGGCCUGGCUGGUGCAGGGUAGAGGCUGUGCGUGCAGCACUGGGGGUCUGCACU